AUGGUGGUGGUGGUUCAUCUCGGUACCAAACAUAAGGCAGUUCAACAUCAGGCCCUUGCCCUAAACAGCUCUCAAUGCCAAGAACUUGCAAAUUACUACUUUGGUUUCAAUGGCUGGUCAAAAAGGAUCAUCAAGGUUCAGGAUCUUUCUGACCUUGACGAAAGGGAGAAUGAAGAUACCAUGGCAGCAGCUCAGAAGCAAAACCUGAAGUUCUUCUGUGCUCUAGAGGUGGUGUUGCCAGCCUCUGAGUGCAGGACUCCUGGCAUUG